CAAAACAACUUAAUAGUUUUUUAUGUAAUCAUGACAAAUAUUAUAGUGAUUUGAUGAGUCAUUUUGUAAAGCAACAUCCAGAAUUAAAAGAGCUUCAACCAAUUAAUGUAAGUCAACAAAUAAGAAAUGAUGGUGAUUCAUUAUAUGAUCUUUUUUUAGAAGAUUAUAA